GGAACCCGCUGGGGACACGGAUGGAUACGGCAUUGACGCUGGAAAGGGGUAAGGCUGUUCAAAAUGUGCAGUAGUUUGUUUUUAAAUUUGCCAAGAAAAGUGCAAGGAAACCCAGCAAGAAGAAGCUGAGCUUUUAUGAGAGCAGGUGAAAAUGGAAGAAGUUUAAAUGCAGCCAGUGCAAUUACCCAUUGGGAAGCAAUGGAUAUCCUGUCAGUUUGCCUCAAAGUGAGCAUCCCACAGGAUGCCCUGCACUAGCCAAGGGCACUGGGUAUCACCAUGGGAGGGUCUUUGGCUUGCACUGGGGUGCAGCACACAACACUGGGGUCAGCAAGGUGUGGAGCUGCGGGGCUGAGCACAGAGCCGGGGUGUUGUUGUAUUUGUUGAGCCACAAAUGUUUCACUGUUUAUAAGGAUUAAGAAAUGUCUUCAGAACUGCACUUUUAGCUACAUCAGGCAAAUCCUGAGGAAUUAAACAGCUGUCUGUUAUGUGGAUGGGGCUGAUGUUUGUGAAACUGGUGAGUUACCCUGCUGGAGAUACAGGACCUCAGCAAAUAGGCUGCUCUGGAGAUCUUCAGCUUUCCCUGGAUGUGACGAGUCAGGUGGUGCCAGCAGAUAAGGCCUGGGGAGUACGUGACUGCGUCCCCUCCAAGGGGUUUCUGCCGUGGCCUCCUGCACUGGGGGCACAGCUCCUCUGCUGGCUCCCUGGCCAGCCCUUAUCUCCCCACACAGACUUGUGUUCUGAGCUCAUGUGAAACUGAGCCCCGUGCCUGGGACGUGGAUAAAGAGCUGGCCAGGUGAUGCGACCCCAUCUGGUGUCCUCACUCCUCCAUGGCAAGGCUCGUUGGUGGCUGAACUCGUUUGCAGGUGCUCAGCCAACACAAUGUACCAGCAUUUCUUUUUCCUUUUCCUCCUGUCUUUUAAUCCCCAUAAAUGCCAAGAUCAAAUCCUGGGUGAAGAUCCAUAUGAAAUGCCCAAAGACUACCAGGAGGUCUAUAGAGGGACAAAAAAUGAUGUCAAAGAGAUCCCAAAGAUUGCAAAGCCCUUUGUUUCUGAGAUGAUCUUUGUGCAAACCAGCAUCACUUCUAUAAGUAAAGGUGCCUUCAGGUACAUGCCUAAUCUGAUUAAGAUUUUGUUCAUUGGCAACAAGAUCAAGACUGUUGAACCUGGAGCCUUUGAUAAUUUGGACAAGUUGAGGGACUUGGACAUCUCUGGUGCCUCAUUAGAAAAACUAUCUGUGGGCACUUUCCAAAACCUCCCAAGUUUACAGAGGCUGGAGCUGAGAGACAGCCAGCUCAGAUCCAUCCCCAAAGGCCUGUUUGAUGGGCUGGAAAGUUUGGGAGAGCUCUCCCUGCACAUCAAUGCAAUCCCUUCUCUUCCAGAAGGCAUUUUUGACUCUCUAGUCAAUCUAACUUUUUUGGACCUGUCUAGAAACAGGAUCACAGCUCUUCCUGUGAAUGCCUUUAGCAAACUCACCCAGCUGCAAGUCCUCCGGCUGUAUGAGAAUGAGUUGCAGGACCUCCCAGAGGGUCUGCUAGACAGUCAGCUGGAGCUGCUGGAGCUCAGCCUCCAGAGCAACAGGCUCAGGGCACUGCCACCCAUGCUUCUGAGGAGCCUGCCUCACCUGGAGAAACUCCUCUUGGACAACAACCUCAUCAGGGUUCUCCCACCUCAGGGUUUUUUUGGUUUAAACAAACUGAAGUUGCUGACUCUGGGCUCAAACCACAUUAUGGAGCUCCCCUGCUGCCUUUUUGACACCAUGCCACACUUGAGGGAGCUGGAUCUGGGCAGGAACAGUUUGGCCACACUUCCAGAGGGCAUCUUUGUCAACCUCACGUCCCUUGGCAAACUCAUCUUGUCCCACAACCAGCUAUCAGCCCUGCCAAGAGGCGUCUUCACUGGGCUCAGCAAGCUCUUGGACCUCCAGCUGGACACAAAUCAGCUCUCUGCUCUGGAUGAAGAGGUCUUUGCUUCUCUCCCAAAUCUGAAAACCCUCAACCUUCGAAAGAACCAGCUGGAGAGUGUUCCCCAAGGACUCCUAGACCCUCUGAAGAAGCUCAGCUCAGUGUAUCUGAGUGGUAACCCGUGGAGAUGUGACUGCAACCUCUGCUACCUGCACCGCUGGAUCCUGGGCAACAGGGAGAAGGUCAAAUUGUCCACCCAAGUCUCCUGCAAGAGCCCACCCCACCUGGCAGGGCAAGAAGUAACACUGCUGAGGGAUGAACACCUGAUUUGCCUAGGUACUCUGCCAUUUAACUCCACACUGCCACAAAGGACAUCAACAUUCCUGUCACGUGGAGCCGUGUCCACAGCAGCACCAACCAUGCUGUCAUUGGCAUCCUCUCCUAUCAGGACACUGACAACCACUCUUUCACCUGUGGCCACCUCUGUGGUGUUGCCAACCAUGCCAAUGGAGGCUGCCUUCACCACUCUGUCACCAACCAAGCCAUCUGAGGUCUUUGUCACCGUCCCACCACCAGCUGUGCUGCAGAAGGCCUUCAGCACCAGCCCAUCAACAACCAACAAGCUCAAGACCUCCACCAUCACCCCAUCAACAACCAGCGUGACAAAGUCCUCCACCACCACCCCAUCUCCAGCUGUGCUGCCAGAGACUUCCAUCACCACCCCAUCACCAGCCACUGUGCCCAGGUCCUUCAUCACCACCCCAUCACCAAAUGCCUUCAUCAGCACCUCAUCACCGGCUGUGCUGCCAGAGACCUCCACCACCACCUCAUCACCAACUGUGCUGCCAAAGGCCUCCACUGCCACACCAUCAUCCUCAGCUGAGAUGCCCAAGGCUUCCAUCACCACCCCAUCAUCAGCUGUUUCAACUUCAGCCAUCGUAAGGCUACAGUCUCCCAGGACCACCCUCCCAGCACCUGUGCUCCUCUCUCCAGCUUCUGCCACCACACGGGUGCCAGCAAGCUCACUGUCAGGCACCACCAGGCAGGAGCCUCCUGCUCCCUCAGUGCCCAGGGAGAGGCCAGCCACCAUCCCACAGGGAACACCCGUGACCCCCCUUGUCUCAGCUUCCUCCGUGGCUCUCCGGCCCCUCCCCAGGACUGCUGCUCUGGGCACAGUCCCGCUGGCCUCACAUUCACCAUCGCAGCGUGCUCCUGCACCGGGCAGGGAAUGGGGCUAUUCCACCACCUGUGACUUGUGCACAGCUGCUCCCCAGCAGACUCCUGCCCGGGCAGGCACCGUCCUGCUCCCAGCGCCUCCCAUCCCCACACUAUCAGACAGCACGAGCCCCUCUCCAGCCUCCCCACCCCCGACCCCCAGCAGCCAUCGUGCCUGGGGCUUGUCCCUGUGGACCAGCCCAUGGCAGUGCCAGCUGUCCCUGGCCUUGGGGCUGGCCGUGCUGGCACUGCAGGCUGCCUGCACACUGCUGGGGGGAGUGGUGGCCUUCCUCCUUCACCAGGACACCCGCCACCACCCCGGGCCACCUGUGAGGCUGCUGAGCCUUCAGGCUCUGGCUGCUCCGGGGACCCCUGAGCCAGCCCUGGCACCACCUUGA